AGUGCACAUGUAAUUCAAUCUGCUAGCCUGGUACUUUUUGUAAUCAAAUUUUGUUUAUUUAAGGUAGGUUUAAAACGUCAAUCACAGCAACUGAGCUGUGAGUGCAUGGAAAUAUCUUUUCUCAAAUAUUUUGUGUAUAGAUGUUUGAGCCUGAAGAAACUUGCCAUGUGUUUUUGUAGCUAAGGAAGUGAGUAAUCACUGAAACUAGUAUGGGUGGUAUAGGAAAAUCAGGCACAUGGUCUUGGCACAGCUGUCUGCUUGCUACAUUCCAUGAGAUAUUUCAUAAUGGAAAACCAAUUGCUCCACUAAUAUAGGAUACCUGGAUAUCAGGCAUAUGGGGUGAAGCACCCAGUUAAGUCACAGGACCUUACAGAUCAGGCCAGUAAAUCCUGAGUGAACAAGAAGGGCGAAAGAAAAUCUCUGGAUAGCAGAGUACAUCUAAAUGGCUUCUACUCUGACCUCAGCAAAAUGAUGAUGAAAAGAAGGCAACUGUGGGAUUAUUCAUUUCACCUUCUCUUGAUGACGGAUGGAGAGGUAUUCACUGCCACUUUUGUGCCAUCUGGGAACAUGACACCAAAUUCCAGCAUGACCCUGGAACAGAAAACAGCGUUUGCCUUUGUGAUUUUAUUAUUUAUAUUCUUGGGAAUCAUUGCUCAUUGCUUCCGAAUUCUCCUUGACCCUUACAGGAGUAUGCCAACCUCAACCUGGGCUGAGGGACUUGAUGGGCUGGAGAAAGGCCAGUUUGACUGUGCUCUUGCCUAGAGACUUAAAAGUAUGUAGGCUUAUUUAUCACUCUGAUUAAAAAAAAAAAAAAAAAAAAAUCCAGGAAUGUCUGUAUUUUUUUUCCUGGUUUGUAGUUUUUAAACAUUACAGGACUUGCAACAUACAAAUGCGCACAUAAUGAAUUUUAUUUUAAUUAAAUACCAAAGCAAAUUAAAUUUUUGGAUCUUCUCCCUGGGAAAAAGAUGAAGGUUGCACUAGCAGAACUUUUCUUCAGAAUUCAUUGGAACAAUAUGUAGUGUAAGACACUAGAGCACAUCUUCUCUUUCAUAGCCUUUUUACCAUUAACACGAGUCUGUGGAGGGACGUGUCUUACAAAGGAUGUAAGAAUGCGUUUUUAUGAUCUGAAUGUAAUAAAUUAGCUUUUCAAGCUCCACAAGACUCUUCUUACU